CCAUUACAGCAAGAUAUGUACGAAUUCAUCCCAUGAAAGACAAUGACAAGUCUGGUCCCGUAGCACUGAGAAUGGAGCUUUUCGAAAGCAAAGAAGAUGAAGGAGUAUGUUCGUAUGCACUUGGUAUGCAAAGUAGAAUAAUUAAAGACAGUCAGGUCACAGCUUCAUCUUCAUACUCUAAUUACUAUAAACCAUCAGAAGCGAGACUGGAUAACAUAAACAGAAGGUGGAUAUCUGCCACAUCUAACUUAAGCCAGUGGCUUCAGAUUGAUUUCCUUAAAGUUAAAAUGAUUAACGGCAUUGCAACACAGGGAUCACGUUAUUCGAACCGCUGGGUAAAAGAAUACCGUCUUGAAUACAAAAAUUCCACCGUCAACACACUCAAUAACUACACCAUGAACAGUGAACCAGUGAAAUUCAAAGGUAACUCUGACCGCAACAGCAUCGUCUACAAUGCCCUCCAUAACCCAAUACUCGCCCAAAUAGUCCGUAUUGUACCAAUACAAUGGCAAGGAUUUAUCGUUAUGAGGGUUGAGCUGUACGGAUGCCCAUAUAUGGGAUCCUACCAUGAUGGAUCAAAGUAGCAUGUGAUCAGAACUAUGUAUACACUCAGCAUCGCAAAUGCAUGUUCAUGGUAUUUUUUUCAACUAAAACUAGCCUAAAGCAUUAAGGCUUUGUUGAUCUAAGAUUGAAACUCUCAAUUUAAGCCUUGUUUGAUUGUUUUAUAAAAGAUAGUGAAAGAAAGUGCCAAAUAAUAGAGAAGAGAACAGUAUGAGCUGUUUUCAGUCCAAACAGAAACACGUAUGAUUUUAAUUGUCAUACAACAUAUUUAAAUGAUUAGAGAAUGAAAUAAUA